UGACCCCACAUUGAAAAGCCUUGGGAACUUCCAAUUACCUCCAAUUUGAAAAUGUGAAAGCACCUUCUUAUCUCCCCAUAUUUUUCACAUAAUAUUAUAAACUUUGAAUUGAAUAUUUCCCAAAAUUGAAGCUUCCUUCUUCCUCCCUUUCAACCAAACACACCCUUCUCUCUAUCUGGCCAUCCAUCACUAUCCCCUCUUCCUACCUUGGAAAGCUGCUCUCUUACUUACCCAACUUUCCAUUCAACUUAACGUGUUAUUACAUACCCCUUUAAAUCCCUUAAAUUCCCAAAAUUAUAAACUCAUUCAAUUUAAUUAUAAUCCUGAUACAUCAUCUAGAAAUGUAUCAUUAUGGUUUUCUUACCACAUUUUUCUUUGUCUUUUUGGUAUCGGCCGCCUUGGCCGAUACCAUUGGUCAAAGGUUCAAGGAAGCACCACAAUUCUACAACGCCCCGAGUUGUCCAAACAUUGUGAUAACUCAUGAUAGUAGUUUACAAGAUGUGAACCCUUACGGGUCCGAGGAGGCCGUGCACGUUGCGAUGACGCUUGACUUAACAUACCUUCGUGGCUCAAUGGCCGCGAUCUUAUCGGUCCUACAACACACGUCCUGCCCACAGAACAUCUUCUUUCAUUUUGUGAUCUCGUCAUCUACACCAACCUCCAAUUUACGGGCCACGAUUGCAACCUCAUUCCCGUAUCUUCAUUUCGAACUCUACCCCUUCGAUGACGAUUCGGUUUCGGGUUUAAUCUCGACUUCAAUACGGUCCGCACUCGAUUGUCCGUUAAACUACGCGCGAUCAUACCUUGCGAACCUCCUCCCGCUAUGUGUAUCCCGUGUGGUGUACCUGGAUAGCGAUGUCGUCGUUGUCGACGACAUCGCUACGCUGUACAAUGUCGACUUAGUCGACGAUAAAGUAUUGGCCGCGCCACAAUAUUGCAACGCCAACUUCACUGCUUACUUCACCUCCACUUUUUGGUCCAACCCUUCCUUGUCCGUCACGUUUGCUGACAGAGAGGCGUGUUACUUUAACACGGGGGUAAUGGUCAUCGACUUGAAUCGUUGGCGGGCGGGUGAUUAUACCCGUCGGAUCGAGGAUUGGAUGGAGCUUCAAAAACGAAUGCGGAUUUACGAGCUCGGUUCUCUACCCCCAUUUCUACUUGUUUUUGCCGGAAAUAUCGUCCCGGUUGAUCAUAGAUGGAACCAACAUGGUCUUGGUGGCGAUAAUUUUCGAGGACUUUGCCGGGAUUUACAUCCGGGCCCGGUUAGCCUUCUCCACUGGAGUGGGAAAGGCAAACCCUGGGCCCGUCUAGAUGCUAAUCGCCCUUGUCCUCUAGACGCCCUGUGGGCCCCUUACGACCUCCUUCAAACCCCCUAUGCCGCCGCUCUGGAGUCGUGAAGAUAAAUCAACGUACAAGUAUUGUAUAAGUCCGAAUUCACCGACGGUUCAUAAUUGGUCAGGUAUUGAUCAGCUUUUUCUAAAUUAACACUAAUAAUAAUAAUAUAAUACGACGAUCAAUGUGGGACCGAGAGUAUUAUUACUAUUAUUAUUGUUAUUGUUAUUAUUAAAUAGCUAGGCUGCCGACACAAUAUAUGGAUCUGUAAGUAUGUAAGAUUCUCUGGCGCUGCAUAGUCGGGGGAUUAUUAUUAUUUUUUUGGUUACAUAAAAAACUUGUAGUAUUAUUAAAAACAAGUGCUUCAAUGUAAAUGGGAGAUGGAGAAGAACACACAACAGUAAAGAAGAUAUAUGGAAGAUAAAGAUGAUCAAUGAGAUGAAGGUGAUGAUUUGAAGAUAAGUUUAAUUACAUGUAUUUCUGUAAUUGUUUUUUUUUUUUUUUUUUUUUUUUUUAUAUAUACUCUAAUAUAGUAGUAUUAUAAUAUACAAGUACAUGGGAGUUAAUUAAUGAGGGGAAUUAGUUAGCUAGAGGAAAUGGUGGGAAAGUAAAUAGAAAAGCACAUGCUUCAAAUUUUGUUGUAAUAAAUUUUCCAUAUGGGAUGGAAGAGGUAUCAUAUGGCUUUAUUCGUUGCAUAUACUACGAAUAAUCAAACUUGUACAUAAAUCAUUUUGUUCAAUAAAUAAAAUAAUUGGAUGUCUUUGUUCA